AUGACUUCUACAGAUGAGAAAACAUAUGGUUCUGUGGCACAUAAAAAGGAUGAGGAGUUGUUCACGAUCGAUCGUACACCGAAUGAGCCUUUACGGCAUACAAGGCGACAGCAAGCUGCUUUGGCCAAAAUAUCACGUAGUAUUGGUCAGGAAAAGAAGUCAUUACCCACUCCCACGUUUCCGAACAAAAAGCAGCCGAAACUGAAGAAACACGUCAAGCGAAAUGAACAGGCAAAGCCAAAGCAACAAAAGGAAGCGUACGAUUUGUGGGAAAAAGAUUUUGUGCCAAAGGUUGAUAUCGAAUUCAAAGAAGCUGGUGAGCAUCUUUUACGGUAUACGAAAAAGAAACUUCCGAAUAUGCCGUCUACUUGUCGAUUCAAACCCAGUUUAUUGGAUGCUGUAGCAGUACCUGAUGCUGGAGCUUCUUACAAUCCAAAAGCGGAGGAUUAUCAAAAAUACGUGGAACGGAUAGCAGAGGAUGAAACAAAGCUGAUUACUGAAGAGCAGCGAAUUCAGAAUGCAAGCAAGCCUAAGUUCGAAAGCAUUGUGACCCAUGCGGAGAAAAGAUUAGAAGAGACUGAAGGACUCGUCAUUGAUCCACGAUACAACGCAGAUGAUGGUGAUGACGUCGAGGACAAGAACGACAACGAAAUGGAGAAUGAGGAAGAAAACGGUCAGAAAAUAUCGAUAUCUCAUCUCCAGCGGAAAACUCGGAAACAGAAGGCUAACGCAGUCAAGGAAAAAAAGCUCCAGCGUGAACAUAAGCGGCGAAAGGAAUUGGAGAAAGCACAACAUAAUGUUUACAGAGCUAAAAGCAUCAACAAAGCAUUGGAACGUGCCGAAAAGGAGUCUCUGGAAAAGUCUGCUAAGCGAAAGAAGGAGAAGUUUCUGGAAAAGAUGACCACGAGGCAGCGUUUGGGACGUGGUGAGUUCAAGGAGUAUGAAGAGCCAUUCCUGCUACAGGAAGAGCUGGCAGAUUCUCUUCGACUGCUGAAACCACAAGGGCACGUGCUGAAUGAACGUAUGGCAAGCCUUCAAAAAAGGAACAUGUUGCCUAUUGGUGGACAACGAAGCAAGAAGAAACUGAAGACGAAGUUAAAGAAAAAGUUCGUGGAGAAACGUUCUGUGGCGGAAGUGAAAAAAGGAACUCGUGUUAUAUAG